AUGCCUGCGGCCAAGUCGGCGAGUGCUUCAUCGUCGCUAUCGCGCUGGCUCUAUACGGAUGCUGCCGUGUGCGAAGUUAAUUUAGCACUUUCUUUACCCCAAGGGGCAGUGGCCUCACGGCCAUCCAUCCCUUAUCGUCUUGGCGUCAAGACACAAGGUCUUUUGCGGAUUAUCCUAGAAAGCCAGUGGUCUUUGGAGACAGGCCUUUAUUCCUAUGAACCACUGCCCGCUGACCACGGCGAAAUCUAG